GCUCCCUUCUUAAGUACCUAGUUGUUGGUUGGCUUCAGUUGUUGUGCUAAGCUACCAGCAACUAGCCAUGGACGCGCCGCCGCCUCCCACCACGCCCACGAAGACACGGCGGGAAGCGGCGAAAGUGGACUGGCAAGAGGUCUCACUGAAGCUCUCCACGGGCUUGACCUUGCCGACGUUUUGGUGGCACCCACCAGCGGAGCACCUCACGCCGGUGAGCGAGCUGUCCAGCGCAGCAGUCCUUUGCCUCCACGGUGCGGGGGACGUGGCCCUUUGCUGGGCCCAGGUCGCUCGGCGCCUGCUGCGAGAUGAGCGCCUGGGAGGCAACGUCAUCGUGGCCGCUGAUCUUCGGGGCCACGGGGGCGCCGUCGUGGAGGAGCCGCUGGACGAAAGCCUCCGACUCGACAAGCUGAUUCCAGACGUGCUGUCUCUCAUCAAAUGCAUCAGCGACCGGGUGGAAGGGGAGGGCCUCAUCCUGGUGGGCCACUCCCUUGGCGGCUCUGUGGCGGCGCGAGCGGCCCAAGAAGCCCUCAAGAUGCGGCCCCCGCUGCCCGUGCGUGCGGUGGCGCUUUUGGAGUCGGUGGAGGGCACCGCCACCGAGGCGCUGCCACGGAGCAUCGCCUGGAUGCAGGCUCGGCCCCAGAGCUUUGGAAGCCUCGAGGAUGCCAUCGCUUGGUCCUUGUCCUCGGGCAUGCUGACGAACCCACAGGCUGCCCGGGAGAACUUGCCACCUCGCCUGAAGCACACAGAGGAGGAUGGUAAGGAGCUGUGGUCCUGGAUCACUGAUGUGUCCCAGGCCAGUUCCUGUUGGCCACACUGGUUCGAGGGUCUCAGUGCCCUUUUCGUGGCGCUGCCCAUGCCCAAAGUGCUGGUGGUGGGCUCUGUGGAUCGCAUGGACGCCACUUUGGAGGCAGCCCACAUGCAGGGCCGCUUCCGCUUGGAGGUGAUCCCGCACCCUGGGCAUUUCAUCCAUGAGGAUCGGCCGGAUGAGGUAGCAGAGGCAAUCGCGAAAUUCUUGCUGCAGCUGAAGCAACAGGAGGCCGCGUUUGCCAAGCUUAUGGACCGGAAGGCCUCGCCCUCCUCUUCUCCAAGCGCCAAGCGCCAGCGCACCGAAUGAGCGGACA